AUGUUUGCGCUCGUCCGAUUUCCGAACGAGGUCGGCAACAAGCUGUACGUUGUGCCGACUCGUUACAUAAAAGAUUUUGAGCCGUCCGACAACGCGGAUUUUGAUGCGAAGGCUAUAUACCAAGCUUUCUGGGAUGACCCUGAGAAAGAAAGUACCGGGUUCUACUCGGCCCAGAUAUUGAUGAUGGCAGACACCGAAGAAAACCUGGAGAAGAAAAGAGCGUCAAAGCGAAUCCGCAAGACGAAGGUCUACGCCUCGGAAUACGAGGCUGAAGAGGAGGUCGACAAUGUUGCGCCCUCGCAGGCAGGAGCACGAAGGGAUAAGCAGGAAAAGAAGGUCCAAAAAGAAAAUAAGCAGGCUGGCCGAAGUCGUGCAUAUGCUGACAUCUUAAAGGAACAACUCCAGAGCUCCUAAAGGAAAAAUGCUGAGGC